AUGUACAAAACAAUUACCUCACUACUUGUAAUAUUAUCAGUGAUCAGUUUCACUCAAGCCUUUGAUAUCAAUGCUGGAAACAACUUGAUUGGAUACUGGGGCCAAAACUCUGGAUGGAACCAUAAUGCAGGUCAACUUGAGCUCGCCAACUACUGUUCUGGCUAUGAUGUCAUUAACAUUGCUUUCCUUAACACCUUCUUUGGAACCAACAACCUCAAGGGAACCACUAUCCCACUGCCAGAGCUCAACACUGCCAAUAUGUGUGGUGACACCUUUGCUCCAGAUUACCCCAGAGUGAUGAAGUGUCCAAUGGUAGGCACUGGCACUCAAACAUGCCAAGCCGCCGGUAAGAUUGUCAUGUUGUCUUUGGGAGGUGCCACUGGAAACAACCCAAUCGCCAACGUUGCCCAGGCUCAACAGUUUGCCAACACACUCUGGAACAUGUUCUUUGGUGGUACGGACCCAGCCUACCCCCGUCCAUUCGGUGCCGUUAAGCUUGAUGGUCUCGACUUUGACAUUGAGGGAGGUUCCACCACCUACUACUACGACCUGAUUGUUGCCUUUACCAACCUUGCCAAGACUGACAACACCAAGAGGUACUACAUCUCUGGUGCCCCACAAUGCCCCAAGCCUGAUGCUGCUAUGGGACCAGGUACUGGAUCAACAAUGUUGGAUACUGGACUGUUUGAUUUUAUCAACAUCCAGUUCUACAACAACUACUGUGGUCUUGAUCAUAUGGCCAGCUUCAACUACAAUGCUUGGAAGGCCUGGGUUAUUAACUCCAGUCCAAACACCAAGAUUGUCAUAGGUGCCGCAGGUGACACUUAUGCUGCGCCAGCUGGUGGUUACGUCACUGCCGCCACUCUCGAGACCAUCCUCGCAGACUACAUCAAUGACCCAACCUUUGGUGGUGUCAUGGUUUGGGAUUGCCCGGUUGCUGACAACAACAUUGCCAAUGGAAAGUCCUUCAGUUCUUCUAUCAAGUCGUACAUGGUGGCCAACAGGAAUCCAUCAUCCUCCACUACAUCGACAACAACUACCAAGCCAACUACUACCACCACUACUAGCUCUCCAACUACCACCUCCACCACUACUAGCUCUCCAACUACCACAUCCACCACCACUACCAAGCCAACGACUACCACCAGCUCCCCAACCACAACAUCAACCUCUACCACAACUACCAAGCCAACUACCACAACUACCAAGCCAACUACCUCUUCAACAACCAACACUCCUACCACCACCUCUUCCACCACUAACAAGCCAACUACUACCACUACGACCAACUCACCAACCACCUCAUCAACUACCUCCACAACUACCGACGCUCCAUCAACUACCACAUCCUCUCCCUCCACCACCACCCAGGCUCCAACUACUACCACCUCCACUACUACUGCCAGUCCAUCUAUCACUUCCGCCACUCCAUUGCCAAAUAGCUCGGCAAUACUCCUCCCAUGCUUCACCAUGAUAUUGUUUGUGGUUGUUGCAAUCUUGUUCUAA